AUGUCCUCUCGACAAAAAAUUUAUGUUGGCUUGGCCGUUUCUGCCGGUGUUUGUACAGGCAUAGUUUUAUUUCUCUAUUUACGUCAUCGACGAAAAACAGCAUUAUCAAAAACUCCAAAUGAUAGAUCUGUAAAACCAGCUUCAAUUUUUUCGUCAAUAAAAUCUCAUCGUGAUUCUCAAUAUACUGAUAUAACAUCAUCAUCCGACAAUGUUGAUGACACUUUGGAAUCAAUAAAAUUUCAAAGUGGUGGUGCUACAAUUCAAGUAGAUAUUCCCGGUGGUGUUAUUCCAUUGACAGCAGAUCAAGCAAUUGUGUUAGUUCGUUUUCUUGAUGAAAGCAAGAACGAUACUGAACGAUUACAUCGCAUUUUAACAAAUAUUGCAAAUUCAGCAACAUUGAAAGAAAGUCAAGUUACUUUAACAAAUGCCGGUUGUAUAAAUCGUCUUCGUGAUAUCCUUUUAACAACAAAUAAUGAUAUAACACAAUGUAAAAUUCUUUUAGCACUUAAUAAUCUUGCUUUAAAUGAUUAUACAAUAACUCAUUUUAAUGGUAUAGUUUCAAUUGUUAUUAAUUUAUGUCGUACAACACCAUUAAAUUCAUCUGUACGUCUUCAUGGAUUAAAUUUAUUAAUAAAUAUGUCUGUACUUGAAUAUCUUCAUGAUGAAUAUAUGAAAGAUAUAAAUGAGUUUGAUUUAUUAAUUAAAUCAACUUUUGAAAAUAAUGAGGAAAUGUUAUCGAUUGGAAAAGUUCUUGUUAAUUUAUCAACAAAUAAAUCAAAUAUUGAAAAUUUAUUAAAAAUAACUAGUAUUGAACUUCAAACGAUUGUGAAAUUAUGUACACCAAAUAAAAAAUCGAUUAAUAGUGAAGAAUCAUCAAAACUCGAAGAGAUUCUACUUCGUUAUGUUACUUUUUAUUGUAAUUUAGCUGAAAUGAUUGUCAAUGGACUUCAACAGAAAAGUGAAAGUGCGCAUAAUAUUAAAUCAUGGUUAAACGAUCCACUACCAUAUCGACAAGGUGCUGUUUAUUUCGAAUUAUUCGAUCCAGAUAAACAAAUGUUAGCUAAAUCGAUUCUUCGUCCUCAAUAUGCAUCAAAUAUGAUAAAUAAUCAAAUAAAACGUCUUCGUCAAUCAAUGGAUACAAUACGACAAAUUCAAUUUGAAUCAUCGGUUUUAUCUGUUAAUGAGGAUUUCAAUGAUGACGAUCAUGUUACAACAGUAACAGAUUUUUCAACACCAAAAAGAAUUCCUGAAACAUCAGCAAUUAUAAUUGAUGAUAAUAAUCUUGAAAAUUCAUUUGAUGUUUUAGCAAAAGAAGUCAAUGAACAAUUUGAUGAUGAUAAUACAAUUCUUCCUGAUCCACUCUCACCAUCCGAUCAGUCAUUAACUAGUUUUCGUUCGGCUUAUUCAACCAAUGAAAAUAAUAACUUUACCAAUCUCGAUGAAUCAAUUACAAAUUAA